UGAACAUUAUUUCUGACGUUCAACAUGCCUCCCAAAGCAAGCGGUAAAGCAGCAAAGAAAGGCGGUAAGGCUAAGGCCGCCGCUCGUGGUGGGGACAAGAAGAAGAGAAGGAGGGGAAGGAAAGAAUCCUACGGUAUCUACAUCUACAAAGUGUUGAAGCAAGUUCACCCAGACACCGGUGUCUCUUCCAAAGCUAUGUCAAUCAUGAACAGCUUCGUCAACGAUAUCUUCGAGCGUAUCGCAUCAGAAGCUUCCCGUUUGGCUCACUACAACAAGCGUAGAACCAUCACAAGCAGAGAGAUACAGACCGCCGUCCGUCUCUUGUUGCCCGGUGAGCUCGCCAAGCACGCCGUCAGUGAAGGCACCAAAGCCGUCACCAAGUACACCAGCUCCAAGUAAAUCGUAUGCCUAGCGUACACAAACCAAACGGCCCUUUUCAGGGCCACCAUAUCCUCCAAAAAAAGAACUACCGUAACGCUUUCUACUGUACUUUAUUCACCAUUCUUUUCACAGUAAAUAUUACGAGUACAUAGUUUAUAGUAAUUAUGUCCCAUACACGUAGAAUUACUACUCAGUAGAGCAUUGGUGCAUUCCUUCAGGCUAUAGUGAAUGAUUUGAAUUUUAUUGAAAUCGAAAUAUCCGUUGAGUCUCGGUAUGCAAGCACGCCACCAACGGCAAAGUCAUGCCGCGCUUU